AUGAAUCAGAUUGGCACUUUACAACGUCCUGGUGAGACUCGAUGGGGUUCUCAUUUAAAUUCAGUUACUAGUUUACUUAAGAUGUACAAUGCUACUAGCACGGAAGUUUUAGGGAUUACUGAUAACCUUUGUCAAGCUUUGCAACGCCGUUCUCAAGAUAUAUUAAAUGCCAUGAGUUUAGUUUUGAGAAUGAAAGAUUUGAAAAAUGUGAUAUCCUUUUGUGAAACUUGGGAGUUGGAUUUUCCAAAUAUGAAUGCUCAAUACAUUGUGGGUCGUAGUCGCAACAAGAAGGAAGAUGUUACAGUGGAGUAUCAUUAUCGAAUGGAUAUAUUUUUUGCUACAAUAGAUACUCAGUUGCAAGAAUUGAAGAGCAAGUUUAACGAAAAUGUUGUCGAGCUUCUCACUCUUUCUAUAGCUUUAGAUCCCAAGGAGUUUUUCAAGUUAUUUGCUAUUGAUAAAAUUUGCAUACUUGUAAACAAGUUCAAUCCAGAAGAUUUUUCUCAACAAGAGAAAGAAAGUCCCGCAUAUGAGUUGAAGCAUUAUGAACUUGAUAUUGAUUCGUCUUAUAUUGAUUCUUCCAGUUUCAAUAGCAUCCUCAGAAUGUACUUUUUCUGCUAUGAAGAUUGUGAAGACUCAACUUCGUAG